CUGCAAGCUCGUCCCUUUCAUUUCAUGUUUUCCUGUCAACCCCUCCAAUCAAAUCAAUGGCAGUCCGCUUCUCUUCUCCUCCUCCUCCUCCUCCUCCUCCUUCCUUGCUCUGCUUCACUCUCCAUAACCACUACCACCCUCUUAGCAGCACCAUCAGCCUGACCCCAUGAAACCCACAAUGGAGCUCUUGGUACCUUUCUCCGCCGUCUUCUUCCUCCUCCUGCUGCCGCAGCUCGCAUUCCUCUGCGCCGCCGUCGAGGACGACGUCCUCUGCCUCGAGGGCGUCAAGAACUCGCUUUCCGACCCACAGGGCCGGCUCGCAUCGUGGGACUUCACCAACACCUCCGCCUCGAACAUCUGCACCCUCAAUGGCGUCACUUGCUGGAACCUCAACGAGAACCGCCUCAUCAGCCUCCAGCUGUCCUCCAUGGGCCUCGCCGGGCAGCUGCCGGAGUCCCUCAAGAACUGCCACAGCCUCCAGGCGCUGGAUCUCUCCUCCAACUCCCUCUCCGGCCCCAUCCCGCCCCAAAUCUGCACUUGGCUUCCGUACCUGGUCACGCUAGAUCUCUCCAAGAACAGCCUCUCCGGCCCCAUCCCCGACCAGAUUGUCAACUGCAAGUUCCUCAACAGCCUCAUUCUCAGCGACAACGAGCUCUCCAGCUCGAUCCCUUACGGGGUCAGCCGGUUGGACCGCUUGAAGAGGUUCUCCGUCGCGAACAAUGAGCUUUCUGGGGCCAUUCCCUCGGAUUUGUCGAGAUUCAGCCGGGACGACUUCAGGGGCAAUGACGGGCUCUGCGGGAAGCCUCUCGGGGCCAAAUGUGGCGGAAAGCUGAGCGGCAAGAGUCUCGGGAUUAUAGUUGCUGCUGGGAUUCUCGGCGCCGUUGGGUCUCUGGUCCUUGGCUUCGGCCUCUGGUGGUGGUUCUUUGUCCGACCUGCCAAUGCAAGGAGGGCAGGACUAGGCGGGGGUUCGGGCAAGAAUGGCCGGAAUUGGGUUGAGCUGUUGAGAGCUUACAAGCUAGUUCAAGUGACAUUGUUUCAGAAGCCCAUUGUCAAGGUCAAGUUAGCGGAUUUAUUGGCCGCAACUAAUGUGUUUGAUCCCGAAACCAUCUUGACCGAUACGAGAACCGGGGUUUCCUAUAAGGCUGUUCUGCCUGAUGGGUCCGCCCUUGCGGUUAAACGGUUGAUCGGUUGCGGGUACGGUGAGAAGCAGUUCCGGUCAGAGAUGAACCGGUUGGGGCAGCUCAGGCAUCCCAAUUUGGUUCCCUUGUUAGGGUUCUGCGUUGUGGAGGAGGAGAAGCUCUUGGUAUAUAAACAUAUGGCUAACGGGACGCUCUCCUCCCAUCUGCAUGAAAACACAACUUACUCCGUGCUCGAUUGGCCCACUCGGGUCCGAAUUGGCAUCGGUGCAGCGAGAGGACUCGCUUGGCUCCACCACAACUGCGUGCCUCCGCAACUGCACCAGAACAUCAGCUCGAACGUUAUCCUACUGGACGAGGACCUCGAUCCACGAAUAACCGACUUCGGUCUCGCGAGGCUCGUAGGGGCCCGUGAUUCCAAUGACAGCUCGUUCCGGAAUGGGGACCUAGGGGAGCUGGGUUACGUCGCCCCGGAGUACUCUAGCACGAUGGUGGCUUCUGCCAAGGGUGAUAUCUACAGCUUCGGGGUCGUGCUGCUGGAGCUGAUAACGGGGCGAAAGCCUCUUGAAGUCGUCAACGGAGGGGAAGUAUUUAAGGGGAACCUGGUGGAUUGGGUCAACCAGUUGAGCAGUGCUGGCCGGGGGAAGGACGCGGUGGACCGGUCCCUCUUCGGGAGAGGGCACGAUGAUCAGAUCAUGACCUUCCUGAAGGUUGCGUGCUCCUGUGUGGUCCCUCGGCCCAAGGACAGGCCUUCCAUGAACGAAGUGUACGAGUCUUUGAAGUCCGUGGCCAACAAACAAGCUGUCCCAGAAUAGAUGCGACUGGAAGAAAGUGACUCGGGAUGGAUGAGCAUGAGAUCGCUACUCUCGAGUGCGAAGUAUAUAAUGUAGAUCGACUUGGCUUGAGAGUCCAUGUGGUUGGGAGGGUGUGGGAUUGCAAAUUUGGUUGAUUAUAUGAUUUCUUGCUGGAAUUUAUGCCAUUUGAGUGAGCAAAGGGUCUUCUUUUUUACUUAA